AUGGCGUGGCCGUGCAUCACCCGGGCCUGCUGCAUCGCCCGCUUCUGGAACCAGCUGGACAAGGCGGACAUCGCCGUGCCGCUGGUCUUCACCAAGUACUCGGAGGCCACCGAGCACCCGGGCGCCCCUCCGCAGCCGCCGCCGCCGGUGCAGCCGGUGCAGUCGGUGCAGCCGGUGCACGCGCCCCCCACGGCGCCGGCGGCGGUCGCCAUAGAGACACAGCCGGCCCAGGGCGAGCUGGAUGCAGUUGCCCGGGCAACGGGACCGGCUCCGGGGCCCAGCGGCGAGCGCGAGCCGGCGGCCGCGUCGGGCCGGAGCAGAGCGGGCCCCGCCGGCCCGGGCUCGGGCUCGGGCUCGGGCUCGGGCUCUGGCGGCCCCUCCGGCGCGGGCCCCGCGGACUCGGUGAUGCGGCAGGACUACCGCGCCUGGAAGGUGCAGCGGCCCGAGCCGAGCUGCCGGCCGCGCAGCGAGUACCAGCCGUCCGACGUGCCCUUCGAGCGCGAGACGCAGUACCAGAAGGACUUCCGCGCCUGGCCGCUGCCGCGCCGCGGCGACCACCCGUGGAUCCCCAAGCCCGCGCCCGUCCCAGCCGCCGCCGCCCCGGCGCCGUCCCCCGGGCUCCUCGGGACGCCCAAGCGCCGGCCCCCAAGCCAGGAGCGCCGGCCACUGCAGGUGGCCGCCGAGGCCCCGGAGCGGGCGGCCGCGGCCCCCGGCGGAGCGGGUGUGGUCGUCGGGGCGGGAGAGGCGAUGCGCUCGGACGAGCGCUACACGCGCAAGAAGGCCGGGCCGGCCUGGAUGCUGCGCCGCGCCGAGGGGCUGGGCCCGGAGCAGACGCCGCUGCCCGCCGUCCCCGCCGCUGCCGCCGCCGCCCAGGCCCAGGCCGCGGGCCCCGAGGCGGGCAAGGGGCGAGCGGCGGCUGACGCCCUCAAUAGGCAGAUCCGCGAGGAGGUGGCGACUGCCGUGGGCAGCUCCUACAGGAAUGAGUUCAGAGCGUGGACGGACAUCAAGCCUGUGAAGCCAAUAAAGGCGAGGCUCCAGUACAAGCCCCCGGAUGAUAAGAUGGCUCAUGAGACCAGCUACAGUGCCCAGUUCAAGGGGGAAGCCAACAAGCCAACACCAGCGGACAAUAAGUUUAUGGAGCGCCGAAGAAUACGCAGUCUCUACAGCGAGCCUUUCAAGGAAUGCCCAAAGGUGGAAAAAACUAGCCUUCCGAGUUCCAAACCAAAAAAGACCUCAGCGAGCCACAAGGCCCCGAGGAAGUCCAAAGACAAGCAGGUGGUGUCGGGCCGGGCCCUCAAGAAAAAGAGCGCCGAGGGCCCCAGCGCCCCCCAAGCCCAGCCCGAGGACAAGGAGCCAAGUAAAGAGAUGAACAAUAAGCUGGCUGAGGCGAAAGAGAGCCAGGCCCGUCCCACCAGCGACUCGCAUAAGAAUCGAGGUCCGAUAGCCAAAGAGCCAGACAAGGAUAAAGGUCCCUUGGGCCUGGGGCCUCUGAAAGGUCAAGGCCCUGUGAUCCAAGAGCCUCGGAAGGACCAAGGCCCGGCUGUCCCAAAGUCUCUGAAGGAUCGAGCUCCUGAGGUCCCAGGGCCUCUGAAGGAUCAAGCUCCUGAGGUCUCAAGGCCUCUGAAGGAUCAAGCUCCUGAGGUCCCAAGGCCUCUGAAGGAUCAAGCUCCUGCCAUCCCAAAGCCUCUGAAGGAUCAAGCUCCUGCCAUCCCAGAGCCACUAAAAGAUCAAGCUCCUUCGGUCCCAAAGCCUCUGAAGGACCAAGCCCCCGGGGUCCCAGGGCUUCUGAAGGAUAAAGGGUCCAUGGUCCCCACAGCUGUUAAGGAUCAAGAUCGCACGGUCCCUGGACCUUUAAAGAAUGCAGGUUCUGGGAUCUCAGCACCAGUCAAGGACCAAGGUCCCUUGUUCCCGGUGCCUCUAAGUAACCAAAUGGCUCCAGCAAGAGUUAAGGAUCAAGGUCCCAUGGUACUGGAGACUCCAAAGGAUCCAGGUCCUGUGGUUCCAGCAACUGUCAAGGAUCAGGGUCCUACUGUCCCAGAGCACCUAAAGGAUCGAAGUGCCAUGCUCAUAGCACCUGUAAAAAAAGAAGGUCCUGUGCUCUCUGAGCCUGCAAAGAACCAAGGUUCGGUGGUUCCAGAGCCAGUCAAGGGGCAAGGUGGCGUGGUCCCAGAGCUUCUGAAGAGUCACGAUUCUGCAGUUGUAAAGAAUCAAGGUUCUAUGGCCCCAGAAAAAGUCAAGGAUCACGGCACUGUGAUCCCCGAACCUCCAAAGAAUCAGGGUCCUGUGGUCCUUGAGCCCGUGAAGAAUCCCAUUCCUAUCAUCUCGGUGCCUCUGAAAGAUCAAGAUCCUCUAGUGCCACCACCAGCCAAGGACCCAGGUCCUGUGGUCCCUGAACCUGUGAAGACUCAAGGUCCCAGGGGCCCACAGCUGUCCACUGUCUCACCUCCACCCCCAGUCACUAUCCCAACUGUCCCCCAUGCAGAGUAUAUUGAGAGUUCCCCUUGA